GCCACAACACCGUAUCUUUCAGAUAAUAUAUGAAAUUCAUGUGUAGGAGAUGGGCUGCAGCUAAAAUUUAGCAAAUAGGUUUACGAUUCACACAAUAGAGGGCUUAGGCUAAUAAAGAGAAGCAGUGUUAAUCCUGAAACUUGGGAUCAGAGGAAGCAGAAGUGUGUGGAAGUGUUGGCAGCAACCAUGGGCAGGCGACCUCAUGUGCUGAUUAUUCCAUUCCCAGCACAAGGACAUGUUGCUCCCCUUAUGAAGUUUGCGUACCAGAUUUCUGAUCAUGGGAUCAAGGUCACCUUUGUUAACUCAGACUUCAUACAUGAAAAACUGGUGGCUGCACUGCCAGAUGAGGAUGAGGCUCGGAGUCGGAUAGGGCUAGCCUCGAUCCCAGAUGGACUGGGUCCGGGGGAGGAUCGAAAAGAUUCGCUCAAGUUGACAGACAGUAUUUUUAGAGUCAUGCCGGGUCAUUUGAAGGAGUUUAUGGAGAAGGUUAACAACUCGAAUGAUGAUGAGAAGAUCACUUGUGUUAUUGCUGAUUCAGCAUUUGGGUGGGCGCUAGAGGUUGCCGACAAGAUGGGGAUCAAGAGGGUCGCGUUUUGCCCCUUUGGACCAGGAAGCUUGGCUUUGGCAUUUCACAUUCCAAGGCUUAUUGAGGCCGGACUUCUAAAUAGUACUGAUGGAUCUCUUUUGAACGACGAGUUGAUCUGCCUGGCAAAGGAUAUACCAGCCUUUAGCAGCAACAGAUUGCCGUGGAGCUGCCCGAGUGAUCCAACCUUACAAGAGGUCAUUUUCCGACUUGCUUUCAAAGACAUCUCAGCUAUUAAUCUUUCCAAUUGGCUUAUUUGCAACUCCGUUUACGAACUUGACUCAUCUGCUUGUGACUUGAUUCCCAACAUAUUACCAAUAGGCCCGUUAAUUGCAAAUAACCAUCUGGGUCAUUAUCCUGGAAACUUUUGGCCUGAGGAUUCAACUUGCAUAAGCUGGCUCGAUAAACAACCUGCUGGCUCAGUCAUUUAUGUUGCCUUUGGAAGCCUAGCGAUCUUAAGCCAGCACCAAUUCAAUGAACUAGCACUGGGUAUUGAACUUGUAGGCCGGCCAUUUUUAUGGGUUGUCCGAUCAGACUUCACCAAUGGAUCAGAUGCUGAAUACCCUGAUGGUUUCAUAGAGAGAGUUGCUGAGAAUGGAAAGAUUGUUUCAUGGGCACCCCAAGAAAAAGUUUUAGCUCACCCUUCUGUUGCAUGUUUCUUAUCCCAUUGUGGAUGGAACUCAACCAUGGACGGCAUAGGCAUGGGAGUCCCCUUCCUAUGCUGGCCCUACGUUGUAGAUCAAUUCCAUAACCAGAGUUACAUAUGCGACAAGUGGAAGGUGGGCUUGGGGUUGAACCCAGAUGAAAAUGGAUUCAUAUCAAGGCAUGAGAUUAAGAAGAAGAUCGAAAUGUUGGUUUCUGAUGAUGUUAUAAAAGCAAAUGCAGAGAAGUUGAAGGAAAUGACUAGAAAGAGUGUGAGUGAAGGUGGAUCUUCUUACAAGAAUUUCCAAACCUUUGUUGAAGUAAUGAAACAAUGAAGAUGUUUCCCGUUGCUACUAUAUCCAAAUGUGUUAAAUCGCCAUCAACCCGACCCAACCUACUCAAACUGUAUUCCUACUGACAGAAAUUAUAUUCUAGACUUCAUUAAAGAAACAUGAAAAUUAGGUGUUGAGAUUAUUGAGACAAGCUAUUGUAGGGACCACCCCUAAGCGUACACGUGGUGGCCUCACAAGGCACUCCUCCAUUGGACACGUGGCACUCCAACCCCCUGUCCAGAUGUUCACAUGGACUGACACAUGGCACAUCCAACCCUCUGUCCGGACUAUCACGUGGACUGACAUGCGAUGCAUACCCCCCUGUCCGGAUGUCCAAUCCGAACCCAGUGGCUAACGUCUCAAACAAGAUUCUUGACUGUGUCUUGCGGGCAAUCAUUACUCAUUUUACCAAAAGCAUGCUCAACAUGACCUUCCUGGGUCACUUCAGGCGACCUGCCACGACCUACCCUGCGCCGCCUACAGAGUGAAAAGACAAGGAUGACGGCAACUCAUCCAUCCAGCAAUCUCUGACAGCCGCCUGCAGGAUAAUGAUGGCUCUGUCACCCUCUAAGCACCAUCAUGACAGCCAAAAAGUCUUCCCACCAUUUAAAGAGACAAAACUCCUAGCACUAUAAAAGGCCCCCACACAGUCAAAGAAGGGAAGGGAUUCCUAAGGAGAAGGGCCCCAUAAAAAAUAUCAAUAUGCUAGAGAGCAAAACUAAUAAAAGUAUCGGAGGGUGUGUCCGGACCUCCUGUCCGAACAUCUUUUGUAGGUCAAAAGAAGGAAGCAUCAUCUUCAGUUGAAGAGGCGAGUACAUCAGGAAAUUGAAGUGGUCUUGGUAACGCAGCCUUCAACAGCUAUGAUAAAAAUUUCAUAGAUGAUCUGCUCAUUGUGGUUCCAUGAAUCUAUGUUAUGUAGGGAUUAAAGAUUUUAAUUUUUUAGAUUCAAUAUGCUUUGAUACCAAUUGAAAGUAUGAAUCUUGAUUCCUGAAAUUUAU